AUGCCCAUCCACUCCCGUUGGCAAAUCCCCAUCCCCACCACCUCCCUCCCAACCUUCCUCUUCACUUCGCCCACCCACCCUCUCCCCAAAACUCCCCUCUUCCUCGAUGCCGAGGCUCCCACGACGAAGUCGCUCUCUUUUGAUUCCUUCCGCCUGUGGUCGCAGCGCUUCGCCGCGGGGCUCGUCGCUGCCGGCCUCAAGCCCGGCGACCGCGUCCUCCUCUUCUCCGGGAACAACAUCUUCUUCCCCGUCGCAUUCAUGGGUAUCCUGAUGGCGGGCGGGGUCUUCACCGGCGCCAACCCGGGCUUUGUGGCUCGCGAGCUCGCCUACCAGCUCAAGAACUCAGACGCCAGGUACCUACUAUGCGCUGACGCCGCGCUCGAGCUGGGGCUAGAAGCUGCACAGUCGAUUGGGAUGAGCAAGGGGCGCGUGUUUACGUUCGACGAUGCGCUUUCUGACGGGAACGGUCAGGGUCGUUUGGGCGUCCGGAAUUGGAGCGUCCUCAUGGAGAGGGAGAGCGUUGGACGCGGGUUCCAGUGGGUGGAGCCGAGGGAUGCGAGGGAGGAGGUUUGCUGCUUGAAUUAUAGCUCGGGUACGACGGGUGUGCCGAAGGGGGUUAUGAUCACGCAUUACAACUACGUGGCGAAUGCCAUGCAGUAUAACUAUAUGCCGUCGCUGCAUCCGCAGUAUGAGGAGAGGACCAAGAAGGCAAAUUGGCUGUGCUUCGUACCCAUGUAUCACGCGAUGGGCCAAACCAUCUUCGUCACCUGCGCUCCGAAGCGCGGGAUCCCCGUCUAUAUCAUGAAGAAGUUCGAUUUCGUGCAGAUGCUGGAAACGGUACAGAAAUUCAAGAUCACCUCGUUGAUCAUGGUCCCGCCAAUUGUUGUUGCCCUCGCGAAAUCUCCACUGACCAAGAAAUAUGACCUCAGUAGUGUGCUUGAUCUUGGCUGUGGCGCGGCGCCGCUGGGAGGAGAUGUCGUCAAGGAGUGUGAGGCGUUGUGGAAGCAGGGUGAUCGGAAGAUUAGGGUAAGCGUCCCACAGCUUUCAUUGCUUUCCAACGUGCCAUCCUCAUUUUCCCCCUCUUCCCCCCUUCCAUACUCUCCAUCGAAAGAGAGUGAGAAAUUCGCGGCUAAGGAACAACAGCAAGGAUGGGGCAUGACAGAAGGAACCUGCUCCAUCCUCGCCUGGGACCCGAACCUCGAUAUCGUAGCCGCCUCCGUCGGAGAGCUGCACCCCAACUGCUCUGCUAAAAUCAUGGAUCUGGAUGGCAAGACGGAAGUGAAGCAGGGCGACCGAGGGGAGAUUUGGGUGCAGGGUCCCAACAUCAUGAAAGGAUACUGGAAGAACCAACCCGCUACCGACGAGAUUUUCGUCGACGACCCCAAAACAGGACGGUGGAUGCGCACCGGCGAUAUCGCCUAUGUAGAUGAGCGUAAUUGCUUCUACAUCGUCGACCGCAUGAAAGAGCUCAUCAAGGUCAAAGGCAACCAGGUCGCGCCCGCCGAGCUGGAAGGCCUCCUCCUCGAGCACCCGCACAUCGCCGACGCGUGCGUCGUCGGCGUCACCAUCAACGGCGGCGAGCUCCCGCGCGCCUACGUCGUGAUCCAGGCGAGCGGGCAGGGCCAGGUGACGGAGCGCGAGGUGGCCGAGUGGUUGGUGGGCAAGGUCAGCCGGACCAAGCGGCUGGAUGGGGGCGUGGUGUUUGUGGAUGCCGUGCCGAAGAAUCCCUCUGGCAAGAUCCUGCGCAAGAUCCUCCGCGAACGCGCCCAGGAGGAAGUCGGUGACAAGCGUGUUUCGUUGGCUGCAUUUGCGUUUCGUUCCCCGGGCUCGCUUGCGGCGCCGGCCAUCUUGUUCCUCGGCCUUUCUCCCGACGAUAUACUACCGGAGUCGGCCGGAAGCGAUGAUAUCAUUCCACUUCCACCUCCACUUCCACCUUCACCUCCACCUCCACUUGCGACUCGUCGGACGAGUCGAAACGACGGAGGAGGAGGAGGAAGAGGAAGAGCUGCUGGGUCGGAGAUAAGACAGAGGCGAGAUGCUGCUCCAAUCAGCCGUGGUCCGUGGUGGAUGGGAACGACCUCGGUCAAUUAA